UCCCCCAAAUGACGUUUAAAAGCAAAUUUGCACUUCUUAUCUAUGACACGAUUGCCUGUUAUAAAACCCCGUGACUUGACGCCACCCUUCAAUUAACCAUCAACGAACGACAAUGAAGGUGCUAGUUUUGGUGCUAUCGCUAUUCGCACUUUUCCUUUGGGUGCAAGCCCAAGUCCAUUACGUGCCCGCCCACGUCCUCAUCCCGACGCUCAACAUCUCAACGGUGCAAAUCCUGCACAAUGCGACCAUCAACAACAAAACAGAACCCAGGAAUCACACUGGGUACAAUAAUCCUCUUUUGAACAAAACAGGUGACCAGAACUUCAACCAGACCAACUCCAAUGGUGAUUUAAUCGUCGGGAAAAUCCAUCCCAUGGACCAUCGUCUGUUUAAACAGAUUUACUGGAAAACGGGACGAUGGUGGUCUGGCAGAGAAAAAAUUAUACAGUAUCCCGCUGAUCUUCCUGGAAGUUAUGGAAGACACGAGACGAUUUCUGCAAUUAGGGCCUUUAAUCAGUUUUACGAUGGGCUGAAUUCAAAGGCCGAACUGGUGUCAGGUGGUGUUGGAAAGAGGUUCGCCAAAAUAAAGUUGUCGUCGACUUGGGGAAAAGGGUUUAGAUACUUGGUGGUAAUUUAUGGGCACUGAGUCUAUUAUUCUGGUAUUUUACUAGUCUUGUAAAAAAACUAACAACAUAAUUAAUGGAGCUAUGUACUUUUGAGUAUCUAUUGAUGUUUUGUAAAAAACGUAUAAUAGAUAUUGCAAAUUAUUAUUUAUUUAUUUACCUACUACAUAAAUAAAAUGAUAAGAUAUUCGAUGUA